CACAACUUCGAAAACCACGAAAACGUCGUCAAAAACCACGACAAUGAAAGUCUCGACAAGUAGUGGCACUUCUGCAUCUGUGGGUCAACUGCAGAACAGUCGAAGCUCAACUACGGGUGGCGCGACGAGGCUAGCGACCUCGAGCUUGAAAAACAAGCAUACGGCAGGCACGUAUAAUUUGUCUUCUUCCCCCCGACUUGUUUCCGGUUCGAACACAAUAUCGUCGGAUCCAGCAAGGGCGAAUUCCAAUUUAGCGACAGCUGGAUCAAGCACGACACCGAAAUUGGUGCUAUCGCAGACGAAUUCGUCGUCAAACACGUAUCCGCCGCGAACUUCUAC